ACGCUUUUUGCCGCUGAAUCAACGGGACGCGGCUGGAAACGAAGCUUUCAAUCGACGCUGAUACGCCUUGCGUGCUAUGGAGAAGCCCGAGACGCCGGUCGCGGAGCGCGUGAGGCGGCGAGGGCCCUUAAAUGACAGCCCCGCCAUUAGACGCGCGUGCGCGGACGUCGAGGAGGAAGAGAAGGACCUUGCGAGGCGGCUGAAGCGCGUCCGCGAAGAUCGGGCCCACUUAGAUCAGAUAGCAGAGGAGCAGCAGAGAAAGAAACAACGGCGCGCCAUGCCGGGCGGCGUACGCGCCCCGAAGGGGCCCACAGAUGAAUAUGGAGACAGCAGCGACGACGAAGAAGAAGAGGACCCGCCGCUGCCGCCGUCUCGUAGGAAGCGGGGCGCUCCGUCGCCGAGUGGUGAUGGCGCGGAAGCCCCCGUGAAACGCCGGAGACGCAUUAUAGAGGAGAGCAGUGAUGAAGAUGAAGAAGUCGCCGAGGCGCCGCGGCCCUCGGAGCCCGCGCUGCCGGAGUGGCCGCGGAGCUCGUCGACUGUUUGUGCAGCGCUGCGCGGCCUAGGGGCGCAGAUUGAGGCUUCGAAGGUCGGCCGCAAGGUGAUCUUCCUCGACGUCAAGUCCUCGGGCGAAGACCCCAAGGUCGACUGCCCCCUCGAAGUCGCUGUAGCGCUGGAUAGGGAGGACCGGUUCUCCACAUUACUAGCUCAUACCGUCGAUCCUAGCGACGCUGCCGUUAAGGCGCACGGCCUCAGUGCUCAGAAGCUGCGCGAACUGAACGCGCCCACGCCCAAAGAAGCGUACUCCCGACUGCUGGCGUUCCUCUCGGAGCGCGCGCCGGACGAAAAUGUGCUCUUCGUAGGGCACGAGAACUUGUGUUCCAAGGCCGUGCCCAUCCUCGUCAGGGGGCUCCGCGAGUGCGAGCUCCCAACAACGUUAUUUGAGAAGGCUACAUAUCUCCAGGUCGCGGGCAUGUUGCCGGGCGGGGUCGUCGGCGACGAGGAGGGCCUCAACCUGUCCCGGGACGACUUGUACGAGGCUUUAACAAAGAAACGGGUUCCGGCCGCGGCGUCCCGUGCCGACGUCAGCAACUUCGCGAAUCUUGUGGUAUUGGGUUGUUCUCUCAAGAUCAUGGGGUGGGACUUCGACGCUGUAGCGGUUGGAGCACGACUGGCCGACGCCGUGCCGGGCCUGUUACUAGAGGAGGCGGCGGCGUCGUCGAGCGAGGAGGAGGCGCUUAGGAUCUCCUCCGAGCCAUUCGACGACGCGUGCUGGCGGGGUCGCAAGAAGACGCGCGGCGCGCAGUGGGUCUACGCCAGUACAGGGAAGGACCUCGCAGAUGCGUGGGACAUCCCUGAAGUCUCUAUUAGUCGGCUGGCCGGCGUGAGCACGACAGCACCAUCGGCCGCUCAUGCCGCGAAGUUUGAGGUCGAGCAGCUGCAUGCGCGGAGCCGCCGGGAGUGUGCCGCUAAGUCAUCCGAGGCGUCUCGCGACGACGCUUUUCACGCUCGGCGGGACGGCGAGCGGCUCACGCGACACGGCUGGGCGACGCUCUCGCGGAGCCGCGGGGCGAUGUGCAAAGCGCUGAAGCGCCUCUACUCGGACCAGAUCCUCUACGCGAAGCUCGGCCGGCCGCCGUCGCAUAAGGAGGCGACGAAGUGGUUCAAGGAGUGCUACACCAACCCGCCGUGCGCGUGCAACCGCCGCGCCAAGACGUGCGACACGAAUUGCACGACGUGCGGCGACUGCGUGAACAAGAACGGCGGGCGCGUCGUCGACCACACGGAGGUGGUCAUGGCCAAGGCCUCCGAGAUCCCGGGCGGCUUCGCGUUCCUCGCCCGCAUGCGCGCCUCCGUCGCCUCGGACGACGCCAAGUACCUCGUCGCCUGGCAUCGGCCGUGCGUCCAGUGCAACAAGUGCAACCGGGGGCUCGUCCUUUUCGGCGACCGGUCGCACCUGUCCACGGUCGAGGGCUCCGCGGAGCGCAGCAAGGCUGCGAAGCAGAAGGCGAGCAAGCUCUCUACGCUCUUCGGCUACGGCGCCUAGGCUAUGUGUAAUCCGAUAUGCAAGUGAAUGUACCGUGACC